AUGUCUGCUGUAGAAAGGCGAAAGACAGUUCUGAUUACUGGUUGCACCCCCGGCGGUAUUGGUUAUGCAUUAGCACGGGCAUUUCACGCUAGAGGGCAUGUUGUCAUUGCUACAGCACGUCGUCUAGAGGUCUUGGAGGAUCUCCGCCGCGAUGGGAUGAUUGCAUUGCCGGUUGAUGUAACGAAAUCAGAAGAGGUUGAAUUAUGUCGCGAUAAAGUGGCCGAAAUAACCGGUGGCAAGCUCGAUGUUCUGAUCAAUAACGCUGGCCAAACACACACUAUCCCGGCCAUCGAUGCAGAUAUGGACGAAGUUCGCAGCACAUUUGAGACGAACGUGUUCGGUGUGAUGGUCAUGAUCAAAGUAUUCUCGAAGCUCCUGAUUGCUGCACGUGGGCGUAUUGUCAAUAUCAGCAGCCUGGCAUCCAUUGUGCCUUACGUAUACGGUUCGAUCUUUUGUGCUACGAAAGGUGCCAUCAACUCAUAUUCUCGCACCUUGCGCCAGGAGCUGCGGCCGUUCGGAGUAAAGGUUACAGUGGUCAUGGCAGGCUUUGUGAAAACUAAAACGAAUAAGACGUAUCGGGAACUCCCAAACGGCUCCGUUUACUCUGUUGUUGCCGACCAAUUUCGUCGGAGAUUGAGAUAUUCGGAAAAUACCUCUCAAAUGACACCGGAAACGUUUGCAGAUAUCUUGGUUGGUAGAUUAUUGAAAGACGAGAGCAGCAUAUGGGGAAAUUUGACAAGAUCCCUCAAUUGGGUUUGGAUUGGAGGAAGUGCUGCGCUGGUCAAAUUUGUAACAAACUGGGUAGGUGAAUGGCUAUUAGAUGCUGUAACCUAUCGGAAGUUUGAGCUUGAUAAGCUGGAGGCAAUUGUGAACAAAUCCCGGUAA